GUGAUAAACUUAUUAAAUAGAUAAAUUUGAUGAGUGGGCUGGUAGCCAGUGAAAAGCCAAAUGAGCCACUCAGCGACAAGGUCCGCUCUAGAUCAGUCCUCUCGACCAAUCAGAACAGCGCAUUCCAUGACACAGUCGACCAAUCAAAAUCAAAUCAGGUCAAUUUGAACGUGGACUCAUUUGCCACCGAAGAAAGUUCUUCUUUUCUGCAGUUUAAAGACGCUUUAAAUGUGCUGCCAUUGUUAUUCGCGGACCAAAGGGCACGAAAACCAGUGUUCGCGCUUUCAUUCAACAUUUUCCUAGUCAUUUUCCUCACUUAUAUCACAGAAAGCACACACUCUUUAGCAUUCAGAUGUCUGGUGUUUCUGGCCAUAUUCGAUCUGUUCAGUCUGAUUACUUGCAUAGUGUCAAUAUGGGUGUCCAGGCAACCCACAAGUUCCCUAUUCUCUUUCGGCUACUCCAGAUGUGAGGUGUUGGCUGUGUUUUCUAGCAGUAUGCUGGCAAUGUUAGGAUGUUUCAUCGUGUUCAAAGAAAGUGUGGAACAUAUUUUAGUGCCACAUUCAGACGAAAAGAUAGAGCCAGUGAUGGUACUAUUGGGAACUGGCAUGUCAUUGCCCUAUCAUCUGUUUAUCACGUAUGGAAUCAGAAACCCAGCAAUGACUCAUGUCAUCACGACUGCACCUUCGAGUUGGCUCCAGGAACACGUGGCUGAUGUGAGCCGUGCAUUGUGUGCAAUAGUUCCUGGACUGGACAAGUUGCUGCUUCCCAGAAUCAAUUCAGUAGUGCUCAUUGGACUCAGUUGCUCGACCCUGCUCCUAGGGUCCACAUUCCUAGUGAGUGCCAGCUCCUACAUAAUCCUCGACACUGUAGCAGCCGCCAUAAUCUCCUUCAUGAUGUUUGUCACCAUGCUACCCCUCAGCGUUUACUCGGGCAAGAUUCUGGUGCAGACAACGCCCUCGCAUGUGGUGGGACAACUGGAGAAAUCGCUCCGAGAAGUAUCCACACUCGAUGGGGUUUUGGAGUUCAGAAGAGAGCAUUUUUGGACCAUAGGUUUCAAUAAUUUAUGCGGCAGUGUACAAGUGCGAGUAAGAAGAGAUGCGAACGAGCAGAUGGUUCUGGCACAUGUAUUAAGUCGUCUUUCGUCAUCAGCUUCGAGCUCAAAUGUGACUGUCGAAAUCUUCAAAGAUGACUGGACACAGUUGAGUGCUGCCACCAAAUUCUACUACAACAAAUCAUGCUCCGAACAUUCAAACAGCAAUGGCCAUUCAAGUCAUGGACAUAGCCAUGACCAUGGCUCAAAUGGAGGACAUAGUCAUAGCCACGACAGCAAUCAUGGUCAUAGUCAUGAAAAUGGAGGAAGUCAUGGCCAUAGUCAUGAACAUGGAGGAAGUCAUGGUCAUAGUCAUGACGGAGGAAACAGUCAUGGGCAUUACCACGGAAGUGAUGACAAUAACCAUGGUACCUUCCAUGACCAUAACAAGUCCUCAUAUGGCAAUCAGGGGUCGUCGGAUGCCGUUCCAAGGAGGUUCACGACCCCGCAGCAAUACUUGAAUGGAUCGAAUGGUUUCAGUUGCAGUACAGGGAGCUACACUACAGACUACAAAGACACACUUAACCCAAUGAAGAUGAUAUAAAAUAACUGAACUGCUAGACAUUGUGAUAAAGAAAUUGGGUGAAUAUUUUGACACAGUCUGUUUUGACUCUAGUCAAGUUUAAAAGCGGCAUCUUAAGUGCUGGAUUUGAACUGAAGAGAUCCUUCAAAAGCUUAAGUUCACAAAACAAUACAAUCAAGAAUCAAUUGAUUUAUGGGAAUACGACGUUUUGAAUCUAAGUCUGUAGGUGCAUAUGCUUAUUGUCUCAAGGGUUCAAACUUAUCUAAGUUUUCAAAAAAUACCAAGUUAAAAAUUGGUUGCUUGCUACUUUUUGGAAAAUAUUUUCAUAUGCUGUGCUGGGAAAAUAUUUUCAUGUGCUGUGCUGUAGUUUAUGUGAGGUAAUGACAUGCUGGAUGUCUAAAUUAAAUAUUUCUGUAUAGAUUGUUGAAUUAAUAAUGCAAAACGCAAUCAAUUGUUAAAACUCCUGUAAAUUUUCGCUCGAGUUGUUUAAGGAGAGGGCCAAACUAUAUGCUGGUAGAUUAUAUUUCAUUAAAUGUGCUGUAUUUAUUAUCAAAGGGUUUCAUAAAUAUAUUUU